AUGGAUCCUGAGUUAUUAUUAUAUAUUGAUAAAGCACAACUUGGCGAUGAUGAGACUCACCUCAUAUUCAAUCCUCCUUGUAAAGUUUACUCACAAAUCACUGAAUUUAUUUCACCUAAUCCCAAUAAUGUUGAUACUAUAGUUACCCCAAAACCACAAAACUGUUUUUUCUUAUACCGCAAAAAUUAUAAUGCAAAACAUAAAUCUCCUAGAAAUAAAAAGGAUUGGAAAAUACUUUCAAAGGAAGCUGGUAACGCCUGGCAUAAUGAAUCGAACGAAGUAAAAAGUUACUUUAAAGUAUUAGCAAAACUAGCUCUUGAAAAACAUAAAUUAACUUAUGAAAAUAUACUACUAAAAAAUUUUAUUUUUAUUUCUCAACAACCAAAGCCACAACAAAACCAAAUAGAUAAUAAUGAUUCUGCAGUUCUGCCAUCAUCCUAUCUAAAUCCUGAUUCUUUCUCUUCUACUUAUUAUUGCACAAACGAUAAUACAAGCUUACAACUUAAACUACAACAAAAACAAAAUGAUAAUUUAAAUAAUAACGAUUGUGCACCUUCAUCAUCAUCACCUCAUACAGAUCCUAUUUUUUCUUGCACAAGUGAUAACACAAGCUUACCUCAUUUUAUGACUCAACAAUUAGAGCUGCAACAAAAACAAAGCGAGAAUUUUCAUAAGAAUAAUAAUAACGAUUAUGCAGUUUCAUCAUCAUCUCACCCAUAUUCUACCUUUUCUUACAAAGAUGUUAGUAUAAUCUCGCUUCAUUUCAGGGCUCAACAACCAGAAAUACAGCAAAAACAAAAAGAUAAUAUUUAUAAGGAAAAUAAUAACGAACAUGCAGUUUCAUCAUUGCUUUAUCCACAUUCUAUCUCAUUUGAUUUUGACACUAAUGCUGACUGGAAUACAAUUAUUAACUACUUUCGACUUUAA